CGUUCCAUGUUCCAACAUAACCUCAAAAUCAAUACUAAAAGGUUUGUUUUUAAUUUUUCUUAUGUCUUUUAAAUAAUUAUAAAUAAGUGAAUUUUGUGACAAUGAGUGAAGAAACUUCUCAAAACAAUCCAAUGCAUAAGAGAAUACGUAAAAAACGUAAGAAUUUCGUGUCAAACGCUAAGAAAUAUGUGAAAAAAGGCCAAAUGGGCCGCGGCACUAAGAUGCCUGAAGAAUUGUACAGAUAUUUUGUCGGCAUUCUGGAUGUUAUUAAACAAGGAAUGGAGAAUGAAGAUGAGAGACAUGUGCUUGUUAACAAUGUACUGGAAAGAACAAAAGGAGAAGAGCUGAAUAUAAUAGGUAACCAGCUCGGAUGCAGAGUUAUAGAGCUGCUUCUCCCAUACUCUCUGCCUGAGGACCUGGAGAGGUUCAUGGAGGUCUUAUUACCAGACCUUAGGAUACUAUGCUCCGAUAACUUCUCCAGCCACGUCAUAGAAACAGUUGUAAGAGUUGCAUGCCAGAGAGCUACCGACCACCUCCAAGAUUUAUCUGAAGACGGUCCACAGAAGAAAAAAGCUAAAAAAGAAAAUAAAUACACAGACAAACACAUACAAAAAUGCCACGAAUACACAAUAAAAAUAAGCAAAUAUGCGUUGAACAAUUUUGAAUAUUUCAUUUCUGAUAAUUAUGCGAAUCAUAUUUUACGUUGUGUGUUGAAAUGUUUAAGUGGGAUUAUGUUACUGCCUGGAGAGAAGCCUAAAAUUAACCUGUUUAAGGAGACGGUUGGUCAAAGCAAAGGCAUACCACCACACACCACCGAAAUGGUUUAUCGGAAUAUUCCAGAUGAUUUUAGGGAAAUAGUUGUUGAGUAUGUAAAUAGGUUGAUGACGUGGCAUCAGUUUGAAGACCUACCAUAUAGCAAACUAUCAUCUGGAUUUUUACAGAUCAUGUUGUAUGCAAUCAAAAAUAUAGACAAAAAAUUAACAAAGGCGAUAUUGAAGCGUUUGUUGGAUGAGAGUUUUGCGCCCGACAAUUGGGAGACUAACGAACAAGACGAAAAGAAAGACAAGGUGGACAUUGACAACCCAGAGCAGGAUGUCCAGGGCUUAUCCCUGCCUCCGGUGUUCUCAUCGGAAUCUGCUGUUAGGUUAUUAGAAGCAGCUUUAUUUGUGGCCGAUAAGAAGUUAUAUACCCAGAUAUACGCAAAAUGCUUUAUCAACCGCCUCGGUCAGCUCGCGACGCUGCCUACCCUCAACUUUACCGCACAGAGGCUGAUAGACAACUGCAAUGUUAAGGAAGAGUUUGAGCCAAUGUUUGACGAAUUGGCGGACAGGUUCGGCGCGUUGUUGGCGUGCGGUAACACCGGGGUUAUCGUGGCGUUGGCUAAAGGAUGUCUCAGGAAUAAAGCUAAGCAGACACUGUUUUUAACUUGUCUGGAGACAGCGCUGAAGUGCUCCGAGCCGGACAAUCAGAAGUACCUGAGUGUGUUGUGUCUCCGCUUGCUGCCGCUGGACCGGGUGGACCUCGCCAAGCUGGACAAGGACUACUUCAUUAAUGUGCAUGGCUCUGUCAUACUGCAGACCGUGUUGGACUUUCAACGUCCAGCAAAAGCAGUGAACAGCCUCCUAGAGUUGACCCCGGAGCAGCUGAUGGUGAUCCUGUGCGACGCUAAGGGUUGCCACGUGGCGGACGCGUUGUGCAAGGGACAGUUUGUGGGCGUGAAGGCGAGAGACAAACUCAUAUGGAGAGUUAAGGGUUAUUACCAGCGCCUAGCGCUAUCCCAAUACGGUUCCAGAGCAUUCGAGAAGAUAUUCGAAGUCGCCUCUCCGGAACAGAAGGUGAAGAUCAUGACAGAGAUAUCAGAAAAGAGUAAUUUACUAAACAGCACUGCAUAUGGUCGAUUGAUUGCCACUAAAUUGGAUGUAGAGACUUUCAAAGUAUCCCAGAAGAAAUGGGAGCAAAUGUGGAAGAAAAAGCAAGGAGAAUAAAUGUUACAGUUGA